AUGUCGGCCAAAUCGGAUUCUAUGCCGUGUGUGUGUACGGAGGAGAGUACAACUGAAGAAUCCUUGGUCAGCUUGCACUGCGAGUGUCCUCGGGAUGAGCACGACAUCGUCAUCCACGAGGAAACAUGUCUCUUGUUCAGGAGCGAGAAGAUCACUUUCUAUCGUGAGCCGACCUGUGAAUGUGACCCGGCGACGGCUGGGGCAGGAGACUGUCCAUGCUGCGGGUGUCCCAUCGACCAGUGCCGCUGCAAUAUGGUCAGCCGAGAAGCUUAUGACGAAUGGCGCAGCAAUCGCGGAAUAGAUGCGAUGCCAGCGGUGCUGGAGGCAACGCAUCCUCUGAUGCAGAAGUUCCAGGAGACCCUCAAACAGUUCCUCAUCAAGGAGAACGCACUCGCUGAAGAACAGAUUCUCAACCUUCGUGAAGAAUUAAAGCAGCAAAAGCAGGAAUAUGAUAAGGACUUGGAAGCCAUCUACAAGAGUGACCAUGACACCAACUCGCAAAGGAUACUUAUAGAAGAAUACGAAGCUUCGCUAGCACAGCGCACGCUAGAACGCGAAGCAGCUGAGAAGCGAGCCCGCGAGGCACAGGAGGCUCAUAAGAAAGUAAAGGCAAAGCUGGAUGAAGAUAUAAUUAGAGAACGUGAAACCACAGAAGAGAUGGAAGCACUGAAUGCGUUGUGCCAGCAGUUGGAGUCGUGGCGGAACGAGACGGACUCCGACCUGACUGUCAGCCAGCGCAUGUCUGACAAGAUGAGGGCUGAGAAGCGAGCUAUCGCUGCUGAGAAAAGGCGGCUGGAUAUGUUUCUGUUCGGGUUGAGCAAUGAGGUCUGGAAGCUGGAGUCCAAGCUGGAGAUGUUCAAGAAACAGCUAGAGAUCAAGAACUCGGAGAUGGAGAAAGUUAACGAUAGAGUUACAGCAUAUGCAGCUGAACUGGAAGACUUGGAACUGGACAAGCGUCGCCUGGUCUCCCUGUGGAACUCCGUCAUUGUGAACAUCACGCAACGUGACAAGGUCUACGACUCCGUCCGAGAUGAUUACCAAACUUUGCAAGACAACUACCGCACGCUAAUAAACUCUUUGGACAUAACCAAGAAGGUUGUGAUGGAGGAGAUGAACAAGGGCAAGGAGAUAGCCCUCAACAAGGACAAGCUCAUCUACGACAUCGAACACGCUACUAAAAUUCAUGAUACGGAGUACGCUAAGCGGCAGAACCUAGAAACGCUUAUCCAAGAAUUGACUGAGUCUAUAGAAAUGACAGAACGGGAUCAAGAGAUGAUUAAAUCUGAGAACCAAACAAUGCGGAAUAUAUUAAAAAGCACGGAGAAGGAACUGGAUAGAAGGUUGGAGUAUAAGCUAAAGAUGGAGAAUGAGAUCCUGUUGAACCUGCAGGAGUGCCUACUCAAUGACAAGGCUGUGGAGUCCAUGGCCAAUGGGAUUAGGAAGAUGAGGGAGGUGGCAAGGAAACAGGAAAUAUCCCUAAUGUCAAUGGAGAACCAGCACGCUCGCAUACUCUUAGAAAUCGAGAUAAUGCGAAACCGUCAAGCGAAGAACGCAGCGGUGCUGGAAGAGACCGAAGCUCUGAUGAAACAGAAGGAGCAAGAGAUUGAUCUGCUGCAGGCUGAGUAUGAUAACAAGCUGUCGGUCCUGACGAGGAAGCAGAGGGAGCAGGAUAUCGUCACCAAGAAAUUUAUCGCAUUGAAGGAGAUAUUUGAUAUGAAGUCUCCCCAAGAGCGUCGUAUCGAGGGUCUGGAGAAACAGAUCAAGUGUCUGCGGGAGCGUACGGAGGUGAUGCAGCACGAGUGGCUGCGGCAGCAGGGCCACGUCGUCAAACUGGCAGACCAGCACCAUGUCAUGGUCACAGACAUCAACCUUAUUAAUAAACAGAUCCAAAUCUGUGAGCAAAAAAUAAUGCGUAUCCAAGCGGAGUCCGACACGGUGGUAGCAGACCGGAACCGCGUGGAGCGCUCGCUGCGGACCUUGCGCGGGAGACUUGAGGUACUGGAGCGGACGCGCAAGGACGCCACCGAGAGGAACGAACACGCUCAGAGAAGCAACGUCGCCAUAUCACACGAAUAUGCUGCUAAUCUCAAGGAUGCCGAAACAGAAAUAAUCCAACUUGAAGAUGAAAUAGAGCAGUUGGACAAAGAGAAGAUGAAUCUCACACAAGAAUUAGAUCGAGUUCAGAGGGAGGCACUCAUUUGGCAGAGGAAGGGAAUAUUAGCAGUAGAACUGAAGAAAAGCAUGACGGCUGCAAAGUCGCUGAGUGGUGAAAUAGGACAGAUGAGGGCUGAAAUACACAGGAUGGAGGUCCGUCGAGAACAACUCCGUCGCACCAGUGAGAAGCUGGCUGAUGACUUGGCGCUCUUCGUGACACGUCGAGACACCGCCAUGGAGAAAACGAGGGCUGCUGCAGCCGUCGAGAAGUCACAUGGAGGUUCCAACACUUCGCAGUCUACUUACCAUCACAAAUUGAGACUUGCUAAAGCUGAUGUGAACCGAGUUACUAAGGAAAUAGCAGACGCGAAGGCUCAAAUGGAGCAAUUGAUGAAGGACCAGGAGCGUCUCGACCGCGAGCUAGCCGAGGCCAACGCCAAGAACUCGCAGAUGGAGGAACGCGUCGCGGAGAUCAUCAAGGAGACCAUGGCCACUGAGCGGACCAAACAUUGGCUCCUUGAACGCGUAGUCCGAGCGCAACGCUUCGGGACUGAGCUUGCUACUGCUAUAAAGCGGCAGUCAGUCCGCUGUAAGAAGCCGAAAGACCAUGUUUUAGCAGACCACGCCCAAGCGAGGAAGUUGAAUGAACGUCUGCGAUACAUUGUGGGAGUGCUGGAGAACGAGUAUCCACACCUUGAGGAUAAGCUUGAAUGUAUAUUCAACACAUUGAACAUAUUCUCUCCAGGAGGGAGUCCCGGCCUAGCUGCCUCCGAUACCUGUAGCUUCAUGGACAGAGGUUUCGUCAUGACUGAUCAAGACAUUCUUGAUGCCGCCAAGGCAGAAAUAGGAAUCCUUCCUGAGGAGCAGGGCAACCAACUUGAAGAACUGCAAGAGCAGACUUGA